AAUUAUAAUUUUGCUGUGUUUUAAACAAUUCACAAAUCAUUGAAACGAUAAAAAAAUAAUUAAAACAAUUCAGCAGAUGUUAAAUUUAUAAAAUGCAAAAGAUUUGCCAAAUGAAAAGCUGAGUAAAAAGAAGAUAACUUGUUUGUUAAAAAGGAGGUGUUUUAUUUUAGAUAACAAAUGUUUUCAAAAAAGUAUGCUGUGAAACGUAAAAAUAAUGAAUACCAUGAUCCAGAUUAUGCAAAUGAUGAUCAACCUGGGUCACCUAGACGCCAACGGUCAGACGACGAAGAACCGUCGAUUUGUUCCAAACCAAACGUCAUUCAUGAUGAAUCUGUUGAAAAAACAGAGCGUUUGAAAGAGAUUAUUGCAAAACAACUCGAUAAAGAAAUUGAACUUAAAAAAUGUAACUUAGAACAGAUCAAAAAACGAUUGGAGCAGUCGUGGCAACAAUUUGAUCAUUUGCGUCGGUUAAUUGUUGAGGAUUUCUAUAAAAAGCAAGAAAUUCCCCUUAACCAGUCUGAAACAGAAAUAAUAAAGGAUGCUACGAAUUUGUUUGAUGUUAAAACUGAAGUUCCUCAGUUCCCUUUACAUCCGUCUCUUAAAAAAAUCAUUGGCAAAAAACCAAAGAAUAUGGAUGAAAUAUUUUGUACGCAACCUAGAAGAGCUGCAGCGAAUAUAGCUACAGUAACAAUGCGUUCGGAAUCACGUGAGCAAAAACGUAACGAUCGGAAUAUACAGAAAAUGAUACGGCAAAAAGGUAUUGUCAUCGAUCAUUCAAAGCAAAACGAUGAAAAUACAAUUCAAAUAAAUACUCCAGUUUUGAAUAAGCAAAAUAAUCUAAUUAUUAAUAACAACGAAGCAGUUAACUCACAAUCAGAAUCUGUAACUGAUGGUACUCAAUCAUCUGAAGCUAUGCAAUCUUUAAAUCGUAAUAAUCUUAAUAAUAAAAAAAGUCUCUUAAUCGUCGUGGGUAAUACAUCCCAAUAUGUUGGUCACGAAAAUGAUAAUAAAAACGUAAAUAUUUCUCUACAAAUAACACACAAAUGGAUUUUGUAUUUACUACCAAAGGACAAGGAAAUUCGUUUAGAUAAAUUCAUAAAGAGAGUGAGAUUCAUUUUACAUCCAUCAUAUGCGCCAAACCAGGUAGUGGACAUAACUAGUGCUCCGUUUCAAAUAUGUCGUCGUGGCUGGGGUGAAUUUCCCGUUCGAAUUCAAAUAUUUUUCCAUGAUUAUUUUCAACAAAACCCACUGCAGUUUGUACACAAACUUAUUUUAGAUAAAACUUUUAGUGGUAUGCAUGUGAUGGGAUCAGAAACUGUUGUCCAAAUUUGGCUACGUUCUAAUGAACAAGAAAAUGAUACGGUCACAUCAUUAGAAAAGCACCCAGAGAAACAAAUACAAUCACAGAAAACUAAUUCGAUACAUUUAGAAGAUUAUGAAAAAAAUACCACAGCUGAGAGGAAACAAGAGAACAGUAAAAACGUUACAACUCUUAAAAGUGAUAAAGAUCUUGAUGAAAACUUAUUGGAAUUUCUAAAUAAAAUUAACGGCAUACCAUCACCAAGUUUCGCUGAUAUAAAUGAGAUCGAACCAACAAUAUUAGUGACAGAACCUUUAAAAUGUACACUUAUAAGUCCGAAAAAAUGCGAAAAUAAUAUAGUACAAAGUGAAAAUGUAAUAACAAACAAUUCCAUAACAAGAAUAGUACCACCAACGUCAACAUCAUUAUCUACAAUUUCAAAUUCCCACUCGCAAACAAAUUGUGAAACGAUAAAAACUUUAAGUAAUUUCACAAACAACCUCUCACCUCCACCUCUGGUUAGCACUACAUUUUCAAACCUGGAUAACACUGUAAAAGAAGAAACUACGAAAAAAGCUCAAUUUCAAGUUAAUAAUAAAGAUUCUAAAUUAAAUGCAGCAACAAUUUCUGCAAUUGAAACCAAAGUCAACAUAAAUUCUUCGAUAAAAAAUGAAUUAAAAUUAAUACCAACAACUUUAGCUACAGCACCAAAAGUUAUAAGCUCGUCAGCAAUAAGUAAAUUAAGUUCUAACAAGCAGAAUUCUAAUUUAAGCAACAACAAUAAUAUGAAUAGUAAUACUACCAACACUUUGAACAUAAACACAUCUAAAACUUUAACCAAUUCUAAUAAUAAAACCAAUUCACUUACUGUAGACAAGAGUAUACUUCAACGGAAAUUAGUUAAAUUCGUGGAUACCAGCGGAAAUGUUAAAUACAUGCCAAUGUAUGUAACGACAGCAAACAUAAAUACUCGUCCAAUAAUAGCAUCAAAUAAAAUUAUUUCCUCUAAAGAAAAAAACUUCAGUGCAACCAUUGAUAAGGCUGUUUCUACUGUAAAUGACAUUCCAUCUUCAAAUGCUAAUAUAACCAAUGAAAAAGCAAAAACUGCAUUAAAUAAAAUUGUGCCCAUUGCUACAACGAAAUUAAUUCCAAUAACGUUAACAUCGAGAGUCGAUGCGAUGAAAAAUGACGCAGGAAAGGCUGUUCCAGGAAAAGCUGCUCAAAUGAAUUUACCAACUAAAAAUGUUUUUCAAAUAGAUGGAAAGGUAUAUAUAAUAGAUCCCCUGCAUUCAAAAAUAAAACAACAGAAGAAUAAACAAGAAUCUCUUCUGAAGCCACAAGUUAGUUUACUUAAAUCACAGGAACAAAAACAACAACAAAGCUUUAUACAAACAAAAUCCCAUAACUUCCAUUAUAAUACCGUAGUUAAUGAUCAUGAUUAUAUCCCAUCACCUUUACCUAAUAAAAUAAUAAAUAAUUCAACAAAUAAGCAACACCAACCUGAGCUAUCUAAAGAUUUCAAUCAAUCUUAUAAGCCCAAAGAAAUUGUAAUGAAUAAACUUGAAUUUACACAGCAUCCUCUCCAUUUAAGUAUACGUGAAGCACGUGUUAAGACAGCUAUAACGUUGUAUCAUCAGGAGCAGGACCGCAUACGAUUCGAGCAACAAUUUAAAUGCUAUGAUUUUCCGACAAUUCGAAGUGCAGUCGAAUUUUUAUUACGACGAGUGCCACUAGUUAUGUCAAAAAAACUGACGCAUAAUUCUAUGCUUUCCAGCUUAGGAUUUGUUAAGAAAUCAGCGAGAGAAUUUCAACUAUUGCCUGCAUUCAAACAGAGGUCUUCUGAAUGGUUAAGAGCGAAAUAUAUCGAACAUUGUUUAUGUAGUCACAAAAAACUACAAGAGUUAAAUGUGAGUGGACGAGAUCUAUUUUGGACAACACGCGAAAUAUUAGUAUUUGCCCGUUUCUAUAUGUAUACACCCAUAAUAAAGUCAUUGGAAACUACUAAAGAAACAGAAACGAAACAAACUUCUACGUUAGAAGAUCAAAAUAAGUUAAUUUUGGAUAAAAAUGUAGACCCCGACAUUGUAACAUCAAAAAGUCACAUAAUGAAAUGGUUAGAUUCAGUAUGGCCUAAAGUGCAAGCGCAUGAAGUGCAGGAAUGCGAUUCUCAAAUUAUUGAUGUACAAGAUAUAGAUGUUGAAAAUAUAAGUACACUCCCGCAUCACACUAAAAGUAAAGGAAGCAUUGAAUCGCUAACAAAUGAACCCAAACAAAACCAACUGGAUAUGGUUUGGUUACAAGCUCCAACAGAAUUAGCAAAUGAAAUCGAAGUAUUGAAACACAUUUUUAUGCAGAGAAAUCUAAAAGAUUUACAACCAGAAGAAAUAGAUACCGGAGUAAUGACCUCAAUGGCACAAAUUGUGCUGGCAAAAGCUUUGAAUAUUUUUAUGGAAAAGAUAUUACGUGAGGUGGUUUCUAAAAAAUUACAACAUCACAUGAACGAUGAGAAACAAAAAACAGUCGAACCAAAAUUGAAUAAAAGCAUACACCAAUCACAGUACACCAGCAACACCAUUGUAACGAACAAUCAAUUGAAAAAUAUGCUUAUUACUCCUAUUGAUAUUAGCAAUGUGAUAAUCAAAACAGAUGAAUUUGAUUUUUUGUCUAACAAAUAUUUCGGCAGUAAUUUGCAAUAAACUUAAUAGUUUUGCAGCAAAUGUGAGAUUCGAUUGAUUAAAUGCUUCUAAGGCAAUUCAGACUAUUGUUAUUAAGAAUAUAUUAAGUUGGUCGAUCUGUACAUAACGCAAGCACGACGAUAUUGCACAUCAGGAAGACUAUAUAUUUUUAAAUAGCAAGAUAAUAUCAAUUCAUUUAACAGUCCAUCAUUCUAUUUGAUCGUACAUAACAGUGUUGCAGGCAAUGCGUGUGCUAUUUACAAAAAAAUUUGGGGUACUCAUCUAAACUUAUAAACAUGCCUUAUAAACCUUAUAAACGUGAAACCUUAUAAACCUUAUAAACGUUAUAAAAUUACACGAAAAGUUUACCGAAUAAAUUUAUAUCGUAUAAAUUUAUUUAUUGUCAAUACAGAG